GAUUUUUUUUUUCUUUUUGUAGAUAUCAUACCUCGGUUACUUGAUGCUAUUUAAUUACAUCAUCUUGGUGCGGAUGGAAAGGUGGCCGUCAAUCCAGGAAUGGAUUGUCAUCUCCUACAUUGUCACGUUGGCUUUAGAGAAAGUAAGAGAGAUCCUGAUGUCAGAGCCUGGCAAGCUGAGCCAAAAAGUGAAGGUUUGGCUCCAAGAAUACUGGAAUAUUACUGAUCUUGUGGCUAUUUCAGUAUUUAUGAUAGGAGCCAUCCUUCGCCUACAGAACCAGCCUUACAUGGGUUAUGGAAGAGUGAUUUACUGCGUAGAUAUCAUCUUCUGGUACAUUAGAGUACUAGAUAUCUUUGGUGUGAACAAAUACCUGGGACCUUACGUCAUGAUGAUUGGAAAGAUGAUGAUUGACAUGCUGUACUUCGUGGUCAUCAUGCUUGUAGUUCUGAUGAGUUUCGGAGUAGCCCGCCAAGCUAUCCUGCACCCAGAUGAGGAGCCUUCUUGGAGACUCGCUCGCAACAUCUUCUACAUGCCCUACUGGAUGAUCUAUGGAGAGGUGUUCGCAGACCAGAUAGACCUCUAUGCCAUGGAAAUUAAUCCUCCAUGUGGGGACAAUCUUUACGAUGAUGAUGGAAAACGCCUCCCUCCAUGUAUACCAGGGGCUUGGCUCACUCCUGCUAUUAUGGCCUGUUACCUCUUGGUAGCAAAUAUCCUCUUGGUAAACCUGCUCAUCGCUGUCUUCAACAAUACCUUCUUUGAGGUAAAAUCAAUAUCCAACCAAGUCUGGAAGUUCCAGCGGUACCAGCUGAUCAUGACGUUCCAUGACAGACCCGUCCUCCCGCCGCCGAUGAUUAUCUUCAGCCACAUCUACAUAAUCAUCAAGCGCAUCUGCUGUCGCUGCAGGAAGGGUGAAGGAGACCAGGACGAGCGAGACAGGGGACUGAAGUUAUUUCUGAAUGAUGAAGAGCUAAAAAAACUGUAUGAGUUUGAAGAGGAGUGUGUAGAAGAAUACUUCCAAGAAAAAGAGGACGAGGAGCAAUCAUCUAAUGAUGAACGCAUCAGAGUUACCUCUGAAAGAGUUGAAAAUAUGUCUAUGAGGCUAGAAGAAGUGAACGAAAGAGAACAUUUUAUGAAAGCUUCUCUUCAAACAGUCGACCUUCGACUCUCUCAGUUGGAAGAACUCUCUGGUCGGAUGGUGAAUGCUCUUGAGAAGCUGGUGGGUAUUGACAAAUCUGAGCUGACGUACACACGUUCCCGAGCUUCGUCCGAGUGUGAUGCUGGCUAUCUCCUAAGGCAAAGCAGUGUUAACAGCUCUGACGGCUACAGCAUGUACAGAUACCACGUCAGCGGUGACGAGUUAACCUAUGAUGACAGUGCCACUCCUAUGUCACCAGCCAUGGGGCUGCGUAGAAAAGCCCACUCGAUUGGUACCAGAGAAGAUGGAGCCGACUCAAGGAUGCUGGUUCCAGAACACGCCGCCGGUCUCCAUUAUAGCUCUAGUGCUAAUGCAGUCACCACAGCAGAUUCCACUAAAUCAACGGGAGAAAUGGCACAGAAUGUUUCUAGAGCCCGUUCUAGUUCAGGUGUUUUUGACGACGAAAAGCAGGGGAUUGUCAAGAGCGAUGGGAUGGUUCCUCAAAGUGUAAAUCAGAUGGAUGCUGUUACGAACAGUCAGUCAGUACCAAGGUCAGAUUUUCAGAACACGCAGUUAAAGGUAGAACGUACCAAGUUAGAAGCAACCAUCUCUUACCCCUUGGACAAGUCCAAAGCUAUGCGCUAUUUUCCUCCUGAGACGUUCAGUACAUGUCAAACCACUAUGAUGAAGUCGAGGAGCUUUAUAUUUGCACAGGGUGGGAAAGUGGUUGGAGGAGUUAACAACUGGACCACGGAGUACAGCACCAUCAUGGAUCAGGUGUGCCCUUCUGCCAUUGAACAAUGGGCCACAGAGUGGAAAUACAAAGUCGAGCAGCAACUUUCUCAAGAGCGUCCCCCGGAAUACCCGGGCUUCGUUUCUGAAGCAGAAAGGCAAGCAGAGCAGAAACAGUCACAGAUGGACACAGAUGAUGACAGCGAUGGUGGGGAAGCAGGGAUGAGUGCCUCUGACACCUCUAUGCCUGCCACUGUAAAGGCCGAGAAACAGAAUUUACUAUCGGUAAAGCCAGAAAGGACUUCUGGGUUCCCAUCAGUACGGUCAAAGAGUUUGCACAGCCACUCUCGGAAAGCCAAGUCUGUAAAGGACAAAUUAAAUAGACCAGGACAUGCCAGCAGCGUGACUAAUUUGGUAGUAGCGUUUGGCAGUGCAACAGAAGAACAGAAAGUUAGGCAAGAAAAUGCAUCCACAGAAACUGAAUGUUGA